CGGGGGCGGGUCACGUGCUUUUGUUUGGCGCUUUUGUGGAGCAGGCAGGGCAGUUAGGCGCGGAGUCCGUGUGUGGUGACGGGAGCAGGGCUCAUUUACUGGAGUAGCUGUAAUACCCUUUGGAGAUAUUCUGUUUAGCCAUGGCUUCUUCUGACAUUCAGGUGAAAGAACUAGAAAAACGUGCUUCAGGACAGGCAUUUGAAUUGAUACUGGGUCCUCCUCCAAAAGAAGCUGUUCCAGAAUUUCCUCUCUCUCCUCCAAAGAAAAAAGAUCUCUCAUUGGAAGAAAUUCAGAGGAAAUUAGAAGCUGCAGAAGAAAGACGCAAGUCCCAUGAAGCUGAAGUUUUGAAGCAACUAGCUGAAAAGCGAGAACAUGAAAAAGAAGUGCUGCAGAAGGCAAUUGAAGAAAAUAACAACUUUAGCAAAAUGGCAGAGGAAAAGUUGACUCAUAAAAUGGAAGCCAACAAAGAGAACAGAGAAGCACAAAUUGCUGCUAAACUGGAACGCUUGAGAGAGAAAGAAAAGCAUAUUGAAGAAGUACGAAAGAACAAAGAAGGAGGCAAAGAACCUGGUGAGAACGAAAGCGACUGACUUCAUAAUGGAAAUUAACUUCUCCCCUUUGUCUAAAUAUCCAAAGACUGUAUUGGCCAGUGUUUUUUGUUAAGUUUCUAGAAACUGAUGUAGAGCUGUAUAGUUAGAUCUGACUGUACACUUGAUUUGGGGAAUUAGAGGGGAGCCCUUUCAUGUUCACUCUUUUUCUAAACUGUUGUCUUUCCAGUGUAGCUAUCUUGUUGCAUUUCUUCUAUUCCAGUGCAUUUGUUCCUGGAUUGAUGGCUAGUGCUAUGUUCAGCUCUGACAUUUUUGUGAACUGAAUAUGUAGUGUAAUGUUCAUGCUGAAUCUGUUACACUUCAGAAUCUGUCAGUCUUAAGAUAUUACUGUAACCAAGUGAUUUAAUAAAGCUGCACAAUGCUGUUAUCACAGGUGAGUGUUUUUGAAACUAGCAUUACUACAUAAGCAGUUCAAGCAUAUUUAUAGCUAGAAUAUUGGAAUGCAAUAUUAAAAUAUCUACAAAUUAUUACUAAAUACAGUGGCAUAAUAUUCCUUAGUACUGUUUUCUGUGCAGUUGCCUAUUGUUCUAGGUUUACAAUAAGAGCUUUGUCUUCUACCUUAGCAGUUGUCAGCUGCUAUUUAUUCAGACAACCCAGAACCACCUCCCUUCUUGACUAUUCUAGUACUUGCAACAAAAACAAAUAAUUCCUUGUUAACAUAGGAUGAAUUCAAAGGGAUGAAGUCUCUUAAAAUUUAGGGUAUCUUCAAAAUUAAGUUUAGAAAUAAAGAACAGCUUUCCUUAAACAGCACACAAAAAGGAAACUUACUUUGUAAAAACAGUAAAAAUAAUUGCACUUGUAGGUUCAAACCUUAUUAGGUAAGAACAUUUGGUUCUGCUGCUUUUACAAUUUGAUUCUAGAGAUACUGUUAAAGUAAGACUAAGCUUAAUAUAUGCCAUCAAAAAUGUUCGUAUCUUGGGAUGAUGACAAAAGCCUGGCAUAGUAUCUGUUUAACUUGUAUCAUUGUUGUAGAAUGGAUAUGGGAAUUAAAAGCGCCCUCAUGUGGCAAUAGUAGUGGUAACUAUAUAGUCAAGAAUGGUAUGUUGCAUACUGGAUUAUGUUGGGGGAAAAAGCAUACAUUUAAGCUUCAGGAACCCAGUGUGGCAAUUGGUUACUGCAGUUAAAAUACUUUUUCAACAUCUUUACACUUUUAAAAGUAGUUUUUCAUUAGCUGCAGUAAAGAGAAUUGAUUGGGUUAACUAAAAUUGUGAUUGUAGCCAUCUUACCUUGAUAUGAGAAACAUUUAUCUGAUAUGCCAUCCCCAGGCCUUUGGAUGUUUUAAUUAAAAUAUAUGAUUGGUGCCAAGUGGUUCAUGCUGUAAUUUUUAAUAGUUUAAACGUAAAACUGCUUCUGUGCAUGCCUGUGUUCAGAUAUAUGUGCUUGAUCUCCUUGCUCAUUUCAUCAAAAUAAUAAAAUUUAUAAUUACCAUAUCUGUAUCUUAGACUUAGUCAGUUAUUAAUAAAUAGACUUAAUCAAGUUUGGUGCACUUUUCUGCUGUCUUUAGAUAGUGAAUGUUUUGCCACUAUAAAAGCUUAUUAGAAAUUUAUUGAAAGUGUUUGUUGGGUUCAGAAAAUGCUAUCAAAAACACAUAUUUGAAGUAGUAUAGCUAGCUGUCAGGUACAUUUUAUUAAAACAACAUAAAAUAAAUAUAGCACUAAAGAGCAAGAAUUUAAAAAAGAAAUGCUUUGAUGUAUAAAUGGUAUGCUUGUCUAUUUGGUAAUGAUUCGGUUAGUUACAGUGAGACUGUUAGUGUUCAGGUAAGUGUGGAUCUCAGCAGAUAGAGACAUCUGCCUGAUCUUUGACUGUAUUAAAAAGCAUAUUGGCAUCAGACCUUGUUAAUAUUUGAAUGGGAGAUUGUCAAGAUACUUUUAGGCUGCUAGGCUGACAGAAGUUAAAAAUGUCGGAAAAGGGUAAUUGCAAACCAUAUGUGCAUUGUUGCAAAGAUAAUGGAAAGUAUGUUUCACUAAGGGUCCAAAUCUAUUUUAUUAUAUUUAUGCAGCUACCCAUCUCACACAAAAGUGACUCUGGAUAGCUUACAACACUUACUGUAUUUUUCGGAGUAUAAGACACUUCCCCCCCCCCCCCAAAAGAGACUGAAAAUUUGGGUGCGUCUUAUACUUUGUAGCUUUUUUUUUCAGCCCUAACGAGGCAAUCUUACUGUGCCUGCUCCCUCCGACUCUCAGCUGUUCUUUAGAAGCUUUUUUUCAACCCUAGCAAGGCACUAGGAGCAAGGCACUUCUCUCUCCAAAAAUCAGUUGUGCUUUAGCAGCUGUUUUUUAUCCCCAAGCUGGGGAUAAAAAGCGUGCACACUCUCAAAACCAGCAAACUAAUGCACUGAAGCUGAGCAGACUAAGGACGCUAGCCAGAUGAAUACCUGGUAGGCAGAUUUUUUUUCCUAUUUUCCUCCCCAAAAACUAGGCUGCAUCUUAUAAUCAGGUGUGUUUUAUACUCUAAAAAAUAUUGUAAUUGAAAAACAGAUAAAAUGUUACACAAAACAUAUUAACCACAAUAAGGGAACCAUUGCAAAUCUUUUAAGAGCACCUUUGUCUUUUCUAAGCUUUAAAUAUACCGUGUUUCCCUGAACAUAAGACACUGUCUUAUAUUUUUUUGAACCCCGAAAUAAGCGCUUGGUCUUAUUUUCGGGGAGGUUUUAUUAUUUUGGAGCAUGUGGAGCAAGAUGGGGCUCCUCUUGCUGUCUUACUUGAUGUCGAGCUGUAUUUCCCUAACCCUAACCAGAGGAAAUGGCUGGGAUUGGCUGCGCAUGUGUUAAAUAUUUUUGGGGAGGGCUUAUUUUCAUGGAAACACGGUAUAUUCUGUUAUUGAAAAACAUGUCUCCAGAACUUACCUGUAACUUAAUUUGAAAGAUUUGCUUAACAACUGAAAACCUCUUCCCCCCCCCCCCCCCAAUUUUUGCAUCAUUCUGGUGAACUAAAAUUUCAAGCAAACCAAUGCAGAAGUUAGAGCUUGAAUUAAUGUGCUGUUGCAUUCUGCAAUGCGAAAUAGGUGAAUUAAUAUUUAACAGGUUUUUUGGGUGGAAUGCAAAGCCGUUGGAGUCAGAAUAUUGAGAACACUUCAGAAAGCAUAUAAAUAAACACUCUUAAGUAGGCUAACAUUUUUAAAACAAAGGCUAUAUGUUUUGCUUUCUGCAUGUGUGCGCUUGCAUAAAGUAUGUUACUUAGGAAUAAUAAAUACAUCCUGUCAUGAUACAAGCACCAAUAUUGCUUCAAGUAAAAAGUCUUGGUUUUCAAAUACAAGAUUUGUGCAUGAGGUUUCCUUCCUUUCAAUGGGAAAGGAAGAUAUUUUUACACUUUUAAUCCAUGCUUCCCAAUUGGAGAAACAUCAGUUAUUUUCCUCAGUUGCUUCCUGUCUAAAUGCUGUUGUAUCUUGGAUUUUACUUAAAUUAUAUCAGGAAGGUUAGAAAACAGAAAGAUAUUCAAGUGAAAUUGCCCUGCCAUACAUCUCGCUCAUACAGUAAUAUAAUGCUUGUAUAACUUUGGAUCCUAGCCUUAGGAAGUAUCGAUUUAGCAAUAGAAACCUCUUCAAGCUGAUGCCGCUCAGAAUUCUAAAAUACUUUAGCUUAAUUUGGCCAAUAUCCACAGCAGUUACUAGAUGUAGUCUUAAAACAUCUGGGGAUAACAUUGGAAAAAUACCAAUUGGAAAAGUUCAUUUUGAAAGCUUGGAAUACCUCUUGAUGUAUUUGAAUAAUUCUUAAUUUGAAUUAAAAUGUUCUUACAUUGGGGAAUUGCAGUUUUGUUUCAGAAAAGAGAUGGAUGGUUUAAUUUAUAAGCUGUCCAUCUUAUAAAGGUGACCCUAGGUGGCAUGCAAUAAAAAAAAACCUUAAAACUCAGUUUUCUCCUAAUUUGCUUGUGGCAGAGUUGGUUCUCUCUCUCUUCCCAUCUCCCUCUCCCCUCAGCAAAGCAGAUAGCUACUGCUUGGUGAUGCUGUUGAUAAGGUUACACUGUGGUUGUCCAAGUUGUACUAGCUUUUGGUGCAUUUCCAAGUGGUUGUGAUUGCUACUUCUGAAAGGCAGCAAUUCAGCUUGGGCCUUGGAUAUCUAUAAAACCACCUAUUGUGCAGAUGGCCAGAGUGCUGUUUACAUCCAAGAGGAGGGGGACAGACAGUAGGCAUUUUGUAUGGGGCUCUCCUGUGACAGACAAGGGAUGGGCUCUACUCUUGUGGUCUUGGAAGAAGCUGAGAAAAACCCAGUUCUUUGGAAUGCCUUUGGGUAAUGAUUGUCAAGUCACUGGUGGUGGCUUUAGUUUUGAUAGUGUAUCAUUUUCUAUUUGUAAUUGUAUAAAUUUUAUUAUUGGUAUCUGGGCUGCCUAGAGACGUCUGGAUUGAGGAGGUGGAUAAAGUCAUAAAUAAAAAAAUAAAAAUUCAUUCAUUCCACAGUUUGCAUCUGGAAAUGUCUUGGAUAACAAGAUUGUACUUCAUCAUCAUCUGUUUCCUAUUGUGCAGUCAAUUUAAUUUUGAUAUUGUAUUAGAAGAUAUCCGUAUAUAGUGUCUGCAUUUAUAUUUCUUGAAACAGAUGUUGGGAAUAAACAAUAAUAUUGUAGCUUG